UAUAUUCUCACUCACUUUAAGUUGCCAUUCUCAAUAUAUAUUGAACUUACAAUGCACCAACUCCUGGCUUCUUCAAACCACAAUUUACUUUUCUUGCUCCUUCUUCUUCAAUCUCUACUCUCAAUGACUCAAGCUCAACCACGGCGUCUCGGAACUAACGAUUCGAUUUCAAAACCCUUUCGAGGGGUUCGAAAGCGGAGUUGGGGUCGCUAUGUCUCGGAGAUAAGGCUACCGGGGAAGAAGAUGCGUGUGUGGCUUGGCUCCUUCGCCUCCCCCGAAAUGGCGGCACGUGCCUAUGACUCGGCAGCGGCAUUUUUGAGAGGCACCUCUGCGGUGCUCAACUUCCCCGACUCUGUCGGCUCGCUCCCUCAACCGGAGUCGUGCUCGAGAGAACACAUUCAAUCGGCAGCGGCAAAGGCUGCAGCACAAAUGAGGGAUAUGGAGGAUGGAGAGCAAGGGACGAGCAGUGGAUCAUGGAGUCCGAGGACAUUCGAGCAGGUGAAGGAAGCACCAUUGUUGAGUCCAUUGAGGUUGGGUCUUCUUGGGUUUGGACCAGUCUCAGAUGAAGAAGACACUUUGUUGUUAUCAGCCUAUUUCUAAAUUUUUAACAAUAUAUUUGAGUCAAUUGGAAAUUAUAUAAUUAAUUGUGUAUUCCUUUUGGGAUGAAUGUGAAGGAAGAUCUUCAUUCAUAGAAAGGGAAAAAAUUGUGGACAUAUUAACUCUC